GUCCGCGCCAGUCGCUCUCUGGCGGCAGCGCGGGCAAGUCGGCGGGCGGACGCGGACCGCGGCACGCGACCCCAGCACCCACUGCGGCACGGCCGGCGCUAACACAGGCACCGAAGCGCGGGCGCGCUCCGCGACUGCGACAGGGCGGUCGACACGCGUUGGACGGAACCGUAUCGAUCGCAGGUGCCGGCGUGCUCGAUUCUGCAUUUGUUUACAUUGAGGAUACAGCCGGUGUGAAGGCUCACGAUAAGACUGGUGUUUUAAAGUGUCAUUAAGCGUUUUUCAUUUGACCCUGCGUCUUGCGCAGUUGUGUUUGCUAACGACCUUCACUCUGAGAAGUAAUGUUUUUGUGCUAAUUUAGGCUACCAGUUCCCGCAAAAUCGCCGUUCACCUGAGAGUGAUUGGCGACGUACCAGUAGGAAAGGAAAUUAGCUGGUGCUGUAGAGCUGUGUUGUCUUUCCGAGUUCUUGUUGUCGUUCCGAGACGAGAUCAGCCGGGCGGAAGUGAUCUGCGCAAGAGGCGGUGACCGGAACAUGAAGCUGUGCGCUGUCGGCGCCUGAGAUGCAGCCACAGCAGAGCACGUCCAACAUGAGGAACAGCCACCACCACAACCACAACCACCACCAUGCCAACGGACAUCUCAAGACCAACGGACACAUCCCGAAUGGCGGUGCAGCGGCCAACCGGCUCUGGACGAACGGAUACGUGUCUCGACCCGACGACAAGCAGUCGACGCUCUCGAGGUACUGGACGGCGGAGCGGCCGCGCGCCGGCUCGUCGGGCAGCCACAGCUACGCGGCGGCGCGCAGGGCGUGCCGGGAGCGCGGCGUGCUCUUCGAAGACGCCGACUUCCCGGCCACGGCGCGCUCCAUCUCGCCCAGCAAGAAGACCGCGCCGCACCCCAUCGUCUGGCUGCGGCCCACGGAGAUGUGCCAGCGGCCGCGCUUCGUGAGCGACGCGGAGGCGGGCGACGGCGGGCGGCUGCGCGUGGAGGCGGGAGAGCGCGGCGACCCUCCGCUGCUGGCCGCCGUGGCCGCGCUCUCGCUGACGCCGCGCCUGCUGCAGCGCGUCGCGCCCCACGACCAGGGCUUCGACGCCGCCAGCGGAUACUGCGGCCUCUUCAGGUUCCGGCUGUGGCACUUCGGCGAGUGGCGCGAGGUGCUGGUGGACGACCGCCUGCCCACGUUCCGCGGCCGGCUGGUCUUCAUGCACUCCUCCAACCCCACCGAGUUCUGGGCCGCGCUCCUCGAGAAGGCCUACGCCAAGCUGUACGGCAGCUACGAGAGCCUGCAGCAGGGCAGCGCGACGCGGGCGCUGCAGGACCUGACGGGCGGCAUCGUGCAGAGCUUCGCGCUCUGCUCGCAGGACCGCUACCUCACCUUCCAGGUGCUCAACAGCGCCGUGCCGCGCUCCAGCCUGCUCGUCGCCAGCAUCAACCCCGAGAAGGAGAGCCGGCGGCAGCUGCGGCUGCGCAACGGGCUGGUGACGCAGCACGCGUACAGCGUGACGGGGCUGGCGCGCGUGCGCGGGCCGCUGGGCGAGACGCCGCUGGUGCGCCUGCGCAACCCGUGGGGGCGCGGCGAGUGGACGGGGCCCUGGAGCGAGCGCUCCUGGGAGUGGGACGGCCUCUCCGAGCGCGACAAGGAGCUGCUCUCCGUGCGCGUGCGCAACGACGGCGAGUUCUGGAUGUCGUUCGAGGACUUCGCGCGGCACUUCACGCACCUGGACCUGGUGCACAUCGGGCCGGACGACUGGAUGAGCGAGCCGGCGCUGCACUCGAAGCAGCCGUGGCGGGCCGUGCUGGCGCGCAGGCGCUGGCGGCCCGGGUACAACGCCGGCGGCGGGCCGCACUUCGCCGAGACGACGGCGACGAACCCGCAGUUCCACGUGCAAAUCCCGCGCACGUCGGCCAGCAAGUGCCACGUGGUGGUGUCGGUGACGCAGGCGUACGAGACGCAGCCGCCGGACGGCAAGAAGCGGCGGCCGCUGUACGCCAUCGGCUUCGCCGUCUACGAGGUGCCGCCCGCCACCGCCCGCCUCACGCAGCACUUCGUCGCCGAGCACAAGCCGCUGGACGUGACGAACCACUCGGUGGCGCGUGAGGUGGUGACGUUCUUCACGCUGCCUCCAGGAGACUACAUCGUCGUCCCACAGACCAACGUGCCCAACUGCGACGGCAAGUUUCUCCUCAGGAUAUUCACCGACGAGCAGAGCAACAUCUGGGAAGUGAAUGAUGACAAUAUGGUGUUCCGGAACAUAUCAACAGAAUUCCUUGAUGAUGCAGUAGUGCUGCCUGAUGGUAAGAAUAUGGUGUCAAAGCUGUUGCUUAAGUAUCCUCCUGAAGUAGAUGCUUCACAGUUACAGAAAAUUUUGAAAUCCCACUGGAAAGCUUACUUGUCAGAAAAACCUAGUCUGGAAUUGUGUAAAAGCUUAAUCAUGUUAAGAGAUUCUAAUAUUAGUGGACGUAUUAAUCUCCUGGAUAUACCUGUGCUGAUGCACAUGUUACAAUUCUGGAGGAUAGCUUUCCAGAAGUUUGACAAGAGUCACAAUAGUAAGACUAGCAGUUAUAACCUGAGGCCCCUUUUGUGGGAAGCUGGAAGCACUGCAAGUAAUAAAGUGCUUGAAUGUCUUGUGCUGAGAUUUGCCAAAAAUAGGGUACUGACAUCAGAAUGCUUUAUUAUGGCAAUGGUUCGGCUCCAUCUUGCACAUGAAAGGUAUCACAGCUUAGAUACAAAAAUGAAGGGCAAUCCAAUUUCGCUGGAAGAGAUGAUACUGAUGACAAUCUACUCUUGACACUAGUGACAUCAGAUGCGAUAAUCAAAACAGUAUACCAAUUAUAGCCAUUAAACCAAAGAAAAUGUAAAGUAUUGUCAAAAUUAUGUAAUAUAUUGAAUACAUUGUUGAUGUAAAUACCAUGUAAAUUACAAUUAAAUUAUAUAAUAAUUUUAUUUUGCAAAAUAGUAUAUUUUUAUAGCUCUUCUUCAUCUGAGAAAGUAUCUGUACCUAGUCAACAAAAAGCAUGUACAAAUUAUUUGUUGAGAAGAUCUAGUUACUAUUAAUUCAGUCAAACUGUUGCAGUAUGCCUAAAACAUUUAGAUACUGGAAAUACAUCUUCUUUAGAGCUACAUUAACACAUCAGAUAAUUAUACAAAGAGGGUAAUAAAACCCAUGCGUGUAUUUUUUCAUCUCUGUUUUUUUUUUUUUUUUUUUUUUUUU